CAGAGGAGAAUGUUGAUUUAAACAAAACGGCUGUUUUUUUGGCUUGUCCUGUGAACAACAUGCCCAGGCUGGCACUACUGGUUCUCCUGGCGUUGCUAGGCAACACGUUAGGUUUUCUACACAAAAGUGCCUGCUUGAUUGAUCCCAUCUCUCGCGGCCACACAGGAGAGUAUGAGCAUGACGACGAGGAGGAGAGGAGGGAGGAAAUGUUCCCCUCCGGUCACCAGCACGCGGCCAUGCCGGGCGGGAACGGGAGAGGAGGCCACGAGGAGGACGACGAAGAAGAAGAAAACCACGGGCGGGGUCAUCCUGUGGCUCGGCCAGUCGCCCGGGUGCAGGGGAGGUCUGGGUACAGGGACGAGGACGGGGAGUGGGAGGACGCCAGGAGGAGGAGGCAGGCGUUGUCUGGCCACCGACCGGAUCUAUUGGUGGGGCAGAUAGCGUGUCCUGGCCACACCAUCCACCUGAUCAAUGUCGUGAUUGGUUACUCUAACAGCCAUCUUUGUAUACAGUCCAAUUCUGAUACCCCCCCCCCCCCUUCACCACUUGUUCUCUCCGCGUCCCCACAGGCGUACGAAGGCUGCCAGGCAGGGUCCCCUAAGGCCACCCAAGUUCUACAUUGCCAGGGAGAGACGGGCACCUGCCAGGUUGCCAUACGUAGAGUUGAUAUGCCAAAGUGUGGCCAAACUGUCAACUUCGCCGUGAUCAACUACGAGUGUGUGCCAGAAGCCAAAAGAGUCAACAUUUGUGCCCCAGCAGACCGAGACGUCACCGAUGGUGUUGUCAUUACCUCCCCUGCUUACCCGCAACUUCCUGUCUCAACGUCUGCCGUCAGCGGAAGUGUGACGUCAUGCGAAUGUACACUACGCGCUGAAGCGGACUCACAAAUUGUGAUGGAAUACCUCAGGAGUCACCUGCCCGGGUCAGGGGUCACGUGUGACGGCGACAUGCUCGUGCUGGAGCGACCCGAUCCCAAGACCGCGGGUCGUUACGUCAUGGAGCGCGAGAUUUGCGGCCACAAUGUCUCCAGUGACGUCAUCAUACAUGACAGCAUACUGCGCGUGACGUAUCUGGGCGGGGCACCUUUGGUCGGGGACAAGUCAGGGUUCAUUGCAAAGUUCAAAGCGUUGAGCAAGACAGGCGCCAACACCGUCUUCCAUAUUUCUUGUCAAGAGCCGCCGACAGUAGGAGCUAACUCUGGUAAAGUCUCGGGUGCCCAAGCUAAAGCCAUCUACCAGCAACAGGCAGGCAGGGGCGAGUCACCGCCUGCCGUCGCAGGUACUGACGCAGGGGAUUCCGCAGGCACGUCACCAGGUAUUCUCUCAGGUGUAGUGGCGUCUCUGGCCUCUGUGAUUGUCAUCAUGGGCUCGGUGGGGGCGGCGCUACUGCACAGAAGACGACAAAAGAAAAGGCGGGAACUCGAAGAACUGGAGAGGUACGGAACAGGAAGUCAGAACUGGUACGAGUAUGGCGGAUCUACCAAAAGUGACGCUCCGUAUUAUGGGUAA